UCACUCGGACCUAAAUAAGCAUUACAACAGGUUGUUUACAUCGGAAGCGCAGGACUGUGCGGAAGAGACGGUGGUUGGCAGAUGGAAGUCAUUUGAAAAAAAACUUUUACAAGCCAAACAUUCAUGUUUCAGUUCCCUGUAGUCUAAAUAAGUGUGUUAAUAACUCAGUUUUAUUGUUAAUGAACAUGUCCGUAUAAUGCUUGAUUGGUCCUGACACAUUACGUGACGUACGUUACUUCGGGAUGUUGGUGGGCUACAGCAGCAGCUCGGAGGAGGAAAGUGAAGCGGCGACUGCUCAAAAUACAAGCUGCUCUCGACAGUUCCGAGAGGAAGAUGAUGGUGAGGGUGACUACCCAGCGAGGAAGAAAGCCAAAACUGAGGAACAGGUUCCUAAAACGAGCAGGUUACCACUUCCUGGUUGCCUUUUGGCCAUGUUUCCAGAGGAUGCGGACCCUCAGGCUGAAGACAGCACACUUCAUGGCGGACGCCUCCGUACCUUCAAACACGAGAGAGGCAACUGGGCCACCUAUGUUUACUUGCCAUACCACCCUGAGGAGGAGUUCAGGGACCUGUUGGAGGAGCUGCUCUCAGUAGCAAAGGCCCACGGUGUGACUUUGAGCGCGCAGGAGGAGUUCCACCUCAGCUUGUCUCAGACAGUGGUGCUGAGGCACCACUGGAUCCAGCCCUUCACACAGAGCCUCCAAGCAGGCCUGGUGCACUGCAAGAGGUUUGUGUGCUCAGCGGGGAGACUGAGGGUCUACUGUAACGCUGAGAGAACAAGGACGUUUGUGGGGAUGGAAGCGUGUACUGGGCAUGCUCACUUGUUGAACCUGGUCCAGGCAGUAGACAGAACAAUGACAGAGUUUCGCCUAGCCACUUUUUACAAGGAUCCAUCUUUCCACGUGAGUUUGGCCUGGUGUGUUGGAGACAUGACGGAACAGAUGGAGGAGUGCAUGAAGAAGCUACAGAGUGUGGUUGAUGAACAUGAAGACGGGCCAUUCCAGCUCCGGUUGGACUGUGCGGAGCUGCGCUGCAGGACGGGAAACAAGAUGUUCCGCUUUCCUCUCGAGCAGUAACAUUUGACAUGUGGAUAUCCCCGACCACUGCACUUUUUACAGCUGUGUCCUCCAGACAGAUAUGUCCUGUGUCCCUACAAAGACAAUCAAGGCAAAAAUAACAAAAAAUCUUAUUGUAUAUGCCUACAUUAUUUUUAUACUGUAUUUAAAUAAAGCUACUGGUUUUUAGCAUUUUUUUUAAA